ACUAGCUAGUUAGCGGCCGCUGGAAACAAAACUGGACUUCUCAUGAUACCCAGUGAAAUCUUGACCGUAUUUAGUUACCCGCAUAGCUAAACACCUCGGUUCAGUUUUGACUGUUGACUUACUUGAUCCAAAGGCUGAGACUUUCUAGGUGAAGAUGGGAGUACCAAAAUUUUACCGAUGGAUAUCCGAGCGAUAUCCUUGUCUUAGUGAAGUUGUCAAGGAACAUCAGAUUCCAGAAUUUGACAAUCUCUAUCUGGACAUGAAUGGGAUUAUCCAUCAGUGUUCCCACCCGAAUGACGAGGAUGUCCACUUUCGCAUUUCUGAGGAAAAGAUUUUUGCUGACAUCUUCCAUUACCUGGAGGUGCUCUUCAGGAUCAUCAAGCCUCGCAAGGUCUUCUUCAUGGCGGUGGAUGGUGUGGCACCAAGGGCAAAGAUGAACCAGCAGAGGGGACGGAGAUUCAGGUCUGCCAAAGAAGCAGAGGACAAGAUAAAAAAAGCUCUGGAUAAAGGAGAGGUGCUUCCCACAGAGGCUCGCUUUGACUCCAACUGUAUCACCCCUGGCACUGACUUCAUGGCAAGACUCCAGGAGCAGCUCGAGUAUUUUGUCCACAACAAGCUCUCCACCGACAAGCUGUGGCAGAACGUCAGAGUCUACCUGUCUGGUCAUGAGACUCCAGGAGAGGGAGAGCAUAAGAUCAUGGAGUUUAUUCGCUCUGAGAACAGGAAGCCCAGUCAUGACCCCAAUACCCGACACUGCCUGUACGGCCUGGAUGCUGACCUGAUGAUGUUGGGUUUAACCAGCCACGAGCCAAACUUCUCCCUGCUCAGAGAGGAAGUCCGCUUUGGAGGAAAGAAAAACCAGAAGAGGAUAACUGCUCCGGAGGAAACAACUUUUCACCUACUUCACUUGUCUCUCAUGAGGGAGUACAUUGACUACGAGUUCUCUGAGCUCAGGAAACACAUUGGUUCUGAUUAUGACUUGGAGCGAAUAAUAGACGACUGGAUUCUAAUGGGCUUCCUCGUGGGAAACGAUUUUAUCCCUCACCUCCCUCAUCUUCACAUCAGCCAUGAUGCAUUGCCACUGCUGUACAAGACCUACAUCAGUGUUCUGCCCAGCUUGGGGGGUUAUCUGAAUGAGAAUGGGCACCUAAACCUCAGAAACUUUGAGAAAUACCUGGAGAAGCUUUCUGAGUUCGACCGGGAACAUUUCAGCGAGGUGUUUGUGGACUUGAAGUGGUUUGAGAGCAAAGUUGGUAACAAGUACCUGAAUGAAGCUGCUGGACUGGCUGCAGAAAAGGAAGCUGCCAGCAAAGAAGCCAACCAGAAAGAGGAUUCCGCCCUCUGUCUCGCAGCGCUGACAUCAUCAGACAAAGUGAUUGGAGAAGGAAAAGGUGAUGACGAGGAGGAGGAGGACGAUAUGUUUGAAACGGAGUUCAGACAGUACAAGCGCACCUACUAUAUGACCAAGAUGGGCGUGGAUGUGGUGUCUGAUGAGUUUCUAGCCAAGCAGGCCAGGUGUUAUGUGGAAGGUAUCCAGUGGAUCCUGCACUACUAUUACCACGGGGUUCAGUCCUGGAGCUGGUACUACCCCUUCCACUACGCUCCCUUCCUGUCUGACAUCAGGAAUAUAGCUGGGUUAAAGUUGACCUUUGACCUUGGGAAACCCUUCAUGCCCUUCCAGCAGCUGUUGGCAGUCCUGCCUGCUGCCAGCAUGGAGCUGCUGCCUCAGGCUUACAGGCACCUGAUGACAAAUGAGAAUUCUCCCAUUAUCGAAUACUACCCUCUUGACUUUAAAACUGACCUCAAUGGAAAACAGCAGGAGUGGGAGGCAGUGGUUCUCAUUCCCUUCAUAGAUGAGAGGUGCUUGCUAGCAGCCAUGGAUCCCUGUAAUCACAAGCUGACUAAACAGGAGAAGGCCAGGAAUUGUCACACAGAGUGUGCAGUCUACACAUAUGACCAGGAGGCUGACAUCACAUACAGCUCGAGCCUGCCCCAGCUGUUCCCUGACAUCAUCCACUGCCAUGUCAGGAAGGAACACAUCCCCAUGGAUGCCUGGCAUGUACCUUUGGACCAUGUCUCCAGACCCUUCGACCGCUCAUCUCUGUACUUCUGUGGCUUUCCCACACUACAACACAUUAGGCACAAGUUCUAUAAGAAGAAGAGCGGGGUGGUUGUGUUCCAGCAGAGCAGCAGAGGGGAGAACACCAUACUAGAUAUCCUCCCCAGCAAGGAAGGAGAGGCGGUAUGUGAUGAUGUUGCCACACAAGUAUUGGGGAAGUCAGUGUUCGUCAACUGGCCACAUCUAGAGGAAGCUCGCGUCAUUGCAGUGUCAGAUGGGGAAGUCAAGUUUUGUCUUGAGGAACCACCUGGUGUCCAAAAAGUGUACGACCGGCCCUCCACUCCUCCUCCAACCAAAGUCACCUGCCUGUCUGACAAAGAACAGAAGGACUGGGUGAAGGAUGUCCAGGGAAUCACUGAGCAUUUCCUGAAGAGGAAAGGCAUUGUGGUGAAUGAGACAACGGUGCUUUUGUACGGCCAGUUGCUGACAGGAAGGAAAUACGUCCCCAAAGCCAACGGGGUGGUGGAACUAGAGAAGCAGUGGGCUAAGCAGGUCCUCCCAUUUGCCUACCAGACCGUGGUUAAGGACAUCAAGGCCUUUUACUCAUCUCUGACCUGCUUCAAGAGCUUAGAUGAGCUCUUCCCUCCUACGACCACUGUCUUCAUGGUGGGGAACCCUUACUACGGUGCCAUGGGCGAGGUACAAGACUCCAGUGAUGUCAUCAAAGAUGGUCGGGUUCGAGUGGUAUUUAAUGUGCCGCACGAACCACAGCUUGAGACCUUAAUCCAGAAUCAGCAUAAGUACUGUGUGAAGUACAGCCCUGGAUACGUUCUGGCAUCUCGUCUUGGAAUCACCAGCUACCUCGUGUCCCGCUUCUCAGGAAGCAUCUUUAUUGGAAGAGGCUCCAAGAAAAAUCCUUGUGGGGAGCAGAAAGCUAACGUCGGUCUGAACCUGAAGUUCAACAAGAAGAACGAGGAGGUUCCUGGGUACACCAAGAGGACUGAAAAGGAGUGGCUCUACUCUGUUGCUGUGGAGGAAUUGCUAGCGGAAUAUCUGGACAGAUUUUCUGAGGUAUUCAACGCAGUGUCCAGAAACAGCCAUGAUGAUGUUUUCUAUGAAGAUGACAUAUGGCCUGGAUUGGACCAGAAUGGGGCAGAGAAGGUUGCUGAAAUCACUUCAUGGUUGAAAAGUCACCCGGUGAGCUCCGUCAGUAGAACAUCAUGUGAACUACAGGUGCUAGACACUGCCAUUGUGGAGAGGAUUGAGGAGGCGGUGGAAAAAACCAAGGUGAAGAAGAGCACCAAGAAAGUCCGUGUGACAGUCAAGCCUCAUCUCCUCUACAGGCCCUUAGAGCAGCAGCAGGGUGUGGUUCCAGACCCGGAUUCAGAGUAUCGCCUGUUUGACAGAGUCGUCAACAUCAGGGAGAGCUUCACCGUCCCACUGGGACUGAGAGGAACAAUCAUCGGCAUUAAAGGAGCUGAGCGUGAGGCAGAGGUUCUCUAUGAAGUGCUUUUUGAUGAAGAAUUUGCUGGAGGUCUCAAUAUCAGGUGUACGUCGCCUCGUGGUUACCGCGUCCCUCCCUGCGCUCUCAUCAACCUUUCCCAUGGAGGACGAGUGGAUCACACCUCCCACAAACUCACUGCCAUAGUCAAACCUCAGCCUGCCGCCGCCACAAGCUUCAACUCUCAGCGCCAGCUGGGUGGCCUAAACCACUCCCCACGUUCACCCUUUAUACCCAUGCAGCACAACAACAAACACAGUGCAGUGAAGGCAGCCUCCCAGGGCAACAGGAACUCUCCCUCUAAGGGUCUCAAUCAGAAACAACAGGCCAAGAGUAAAUCAGAGUACAAUAAUGUGUGGCAGGCUCUGCAGAGCUCUGGCCCCCCUCAACAACCACCUGCUCACUGGCACAAUAAUGAAGGACAGUCACAACAGGAUGGAAACCAGCACUCCAACAAAGCUGCCCCAGUUGGUGGCAUCAGACUGUUGAAGAAAAAUGAAGAUACCAACUGCCUUUUCCCCACACAGAACACAGCCAAUAAGGCUACAACUGAGUUUGAGGACCUCAUUGCCAGUCUCAAGAUCUCCACGGGUAACCAGCAGACCACAACUCCUGCUGCUCCGCCACAGGUACCCAACAGCCAGUCAGAGGGCCCGUUGUCUCCGCAGUCCUUCGCCAUGAAGGGAACUCUGAUGUUGAAGGAGAUGCUCAAGAUUGACAGUGCUGGAGCAGGAAGUCACUCCUCCCAGGAGGCGGCUAACAGUGCCACCUAUGGAGGCCAGCAGCAGAACAGGAGACGAUCAUCCAAGAAACUAGCAGCAAAUAUGAACUCCCCACACAGUGAUUCUCCUGCGACCGCUGCCCCAACCAACCUCUCCAACUCUAUGCUUGGCAGUAAGGUGUCAGAGCUGGCGCACGUCUGUGUGGGGUUGGGGUUGGCACCACCUGAUUUCAGCUUCAUAGGCAACAGACAGGGUCCAGUUGUGUGUCAGGUGAAGCUUUCCAAUGGGUUGAUGGUUCAUGGUCCACAGUGCCAAUCAGAAAAUGAUGCCAAGGAGAGAGCUGCCUUCUUUGCCCUCCAAAGACUGAACUCAGUGGGAUCAGGCUUCCCCCUCCCUCCUCCACUAUACCCAGGAGUAGGUCAGAUACGACCCCCACCCAUAGGAGUCUUCAACCAACAAGGUGGUUUGCUAUUGCCUCCCCAGGGUUAUCCCCCUGCCCCUCUGUGGGGAAUGCCAUUGCCUCCUCACCACCACCACCACCAAAGCCAACCAUAUUACGGAGCAGUGGGAACCUUCCCUGGUGCUGCCCGCCAGCAACCUGCAGCAGGACCACCCAUUGGCUCACACAAUCAGUUUAUUCCAUUACAGGUGACUAAGAAGCGAGCCUCAGCUAACAAGAAGAACCAGGAAACUCGAGAGUUUUACAAUGCCAGCCACACCGUGGCCAGAAACCAAACACAGAGAGCCCAGAACCAGCUCUCUGACCAAUCACAGAGCGGUAAAGUGGACCAGCCUCACCAACACACCACCAACAGCAACCCGUCCCCGUCCAGCCCUGGCCUAGCAGAUGCUGUUUCCAUGUCAACAGCAGCCCCACACACACCCCCUCGACAAAACAGGCCAGCAACUGGCCACACCCCCAGCUCUGCCUCCAAGAGGAAACACAGAAAGCUGGCGGUCAACUUCGAGGCAGCUAAAGUCUCUGAGUGAUGUGUGUGUGUGUGUGUGUGUGAGGAGAGAGAGAGGUGUGUUUGGUGUUUUUAUGCUGCUCAGCAUCUCUGAUUGAGACCUCGUCAAUGUGAACAUUUGUUUUCACUCAACUUUUGAGCAUUGAAACAGCUUCAGUUGGGACGAGGCAGAGCAAAAGUACAUUUCUUUUCUUACAUGGUGCCGUUUAGCAAUCUAAAUUAUUCCUACUUUCACUGUCCUAUUUGCCUCAAGACAAGUAUCAUGAAUCCGCUAUCCCUUCGGCUCCUCAUUUGAGAUCAGACAUCUGUAUAUGUAUCACAACCAAAUAAUUGUUCCAGCAGGGAAAAAGCAAGAGCAAUUAGACAUGUGUUGUAAACGAAACCCUGUCUGAAACAAAAUGAGAAAUGCUGGGAGUGAUAUUAUUACCUAAACACUCUGCUGCAGAUGUCAAUCUACAAUCACCCUUCAUUUUUCAAAAAGAAUGAAUUGAAUUGAAUGAAUACAUGGAAUUAUUGAAUUGAUGGAACAGCUGGCCAAAGCUAUAAACAUUUCUGUAUGAAGUUUUCCUUUAACCACAUAAGCAGCCCUCUUAGCUCCUCCAGGGACACAACAAGCCUCUGACUGUUUGUUACUAUUAUUGACAACCAAGCGGUGGAGCCUCGUCUGGUUAAGAAGAGAGUGAAGUGAAACACUGCCUUAAAAGUGCAUCGUUUUCAUUAACUGUACAUACAAAAUCAAAAGUGAGGAAGCACAUUGAAACCAGAGUUUCAAGUGUCUCAGAGGAAGGAAGUCUUCUGUCAGGGUUAAUCAUUUGCGACCGAGUAAUAAAUCAGUGUGGUCGGCGCUUGCAUUAGUGCUAUUUUCUUAGGCUCCCUCGUGUCAGUCUUGGCACCGACCAUCUACAAUAUCUCUGUAUAUCUUUCUCGUAGAGAGUUGUGACAGUUUUGACUUCAGGUGCGGGAGGCUUGGUGGCAGCUUAGACCGAGAACACACACCUGAGGGCAGGGCAUGUUGAGAUCUCUCACACUUUCUGCCCACACAGUGCCAGGUAGUCCAGUUCAGAGAUUUUUACAAAAUCUCUUCAUUCACAUUUGGCUGUUGGUUCUCAGGGACAUGUAGCCAUUGUAGAAGCCCUCCUCAUCCUCUGGCCUCCGAUUUGCGCUGCACUGGCAACUACUUCCUGCUCUCCAACUAGACCUUUAUUUGUUUAUUAGUUAUGAAUAAAUUAAUUAUGAAUGAAAACGGGCCUUCUAUCAUGGCUGUAUCUGCAUUCAUGAGCGGUGUUGGGUUUGGAUCAGUGGUGUUAAUCACUCACAUCAGGCCAACAUUGAUAAUCUGUUGUGAUGUCUCACUUUGUGUUGUGAUCUUCGACAGCCUUUUUUUUCCUUCACACUUCGGCCGCCUUGCUGCAGUUUUCCAUCGUUGUUAUGCUUUCUCAAUGACACCGUCAAAGUAAAAAUGAAUGCACACUGCUUGUAGAAUUAUGACAUGAGAAAUAAUUGGAAAAGUACCCCCAAUACACACAUACACACAGUACACGUGAUGGCGAUGUUGCCCGUGGGAGCUGUUUUACACCAGCACACAACCCAGAGUCAAAGAGUGUUCAUAUUGACAUGUUCAGUUUUUUAUAACAGGACCUCGCUGAGAUUUGAUUUGAUUGUUGACUUGUGUUGGACCUACAGGGACCAUUACACUGCCAAAUAUCAACAGCAACUAGAUAUGUCAAUUUUCAUUUUUUUAAUUGGUCAGCACUGGGAGAUUGGGGCUGAUUUUACACAGGAGCAAAAACAACAAGAAAAAAUGUUAUUUCUAUUUUCGUGCUUCCACUAAUGUAUUUUUUUAACUGCCAAAGACUACAGAUUUGUUUCUUUUGAGGUCUUACAUUGAAAUACAAACCUACGAUUUGGAUUUUAUUCAUUCAUUGUCUGAGGAUUUCUAACAGCUGACUGAUGUCAGUACAGUUUCUAUUGGUCCAAAAUGUUCAUUUCAGGAUUCAUGUGGGAUUCCAGGACCACACACAGUUGAUAAUGAGUGAUGAUGAGCUUUCUUUCCAACUUAAUUGAUUAUCCUCAUCAGUUAUCUUGAUUUGGUCCAAAUGAAGUAACUGCUGUGCAGAGAUGACAUACAGUCUGAUAAGGGUUGAAAUUGGUAAUUUUUGCAUCUGUAAUUGCAGCCUUGCAGCAUUACCAGUGUUGUAUGUGAAGAACUGAUCUAUUUGAAACAUUUCUGUUUACACUGUCUAAACUAAGUGUCUCGAAGAUGCUUUCGAAAACGUUCUUCUGGAAGUUUAUUUGAUGGGUUUUCUGAAUUGGUUUGGCUAUUUUAAAUUCUUGGCUUUAUUUCUACACCUCUGUACACAUCUGGACUCACACAAACACUUGUAUAUGAAAUCUCUCAUUUUAAUUUUUCUCUUUUUCUCUCAUUUUUUUUCAAGCUAUGGAUUUUAUGGAUACCCUUUUAUAGAUAGUCUUGUUUUUUUUCUAAGCAAUCUGAAUAAUGAUUGUUUCAGUGUCUGUGGUGGAGCUACAGUGAGGGAAGCGGCUGUAGCCACUAGUGAAGCGUCUUUACUGUCCUCGUUUUGUGGGACACAUGCAUCCAGUAUGUCGUUGAUGUGUUUUUAGUUUUUUUUUUUUUGUUGUUGUUGUUGUUGUUGUUGUUGUUUUUUUUUCUGUUUUAAGGCUGACAUCCUCACGCCGACCCUGUGACUCAAGUCUAUACAGCUCUGGUGCAAUAAGGGGAGGUUUUGAAGCAUUUUGGAAAAUUGAAGCACACCUGUUAUAUCUGUUUUUUUGUUUCGUUUUUUUAUUUUUUUAAAUGAAACAAAGUAGAGAAUUGUCAAUAUGAAGACAUAAUACCUUACUGUUUUGAUUCAGGAAUGUGCUGUACAUAUCCAUUUAAUUAAAGUGAAUUGUUUUGUUACCAUGA